CAACAAUAUUAUUUGUGUUAAACGAAAUUAUAGUUAAUUUAUUGGCACAAAUAUAAUUAGUUAAUGAAUAAAAUGUUCUCCAAUCAUGUAAUUGUGGCAGCCUUGGCCUUAUGUGUAGUGGCUGUACGCGCCGAGAAAAUCGCACCUAUACAAGCUAUAGCGUAUCUUGAUGAUCCAGCAGGUGUUUCCCAAGUAAAAGGAAACAUUACAUUCACACAAAAUGCUUGCGGUGAAAAUGUUUACAUUCGUAUUUAUGUCACUGGACUCACACCUGGUAAACACGGAUUUCAUGUGCAUGAGAAAGGCGAUUUGACUAAUGGCUGCUUAAGCACCGGUGGACAUUAUAAUCCAGAAAAG